AUGACCCAGCCCCUCUAUAGAAAAGAGGAUCCUCUUAACCUGGGCCACGGGGGGGCGUCCUCUGCCCCAUUAAACACCCGGUCUUCCCGCCAUCGAAGGCGCAGAGGCGCUCGGGUUUACAGGCGGUGGCAUCACUAUGGUCCCAAGGCCGCGUAUGAGCCCCGGAGGAAACAGCCGAAGCAACAGCACGGCUCAGGACCUUGGUUCCAUCCACCCAGGUGUCCCUCUUGGGCCAUGUAUUCUAACUGGGGGCACUGGGGAGGACCCUGGCACUCACCUCCGGAGGGAUUCCGGAAGCCCCCUGGCCAGGUGCAAGUGAUCCAGGUGUACGGCCUGCUCCCAUUCUGCCUUUGCUGCUGCUCCUGCUGGCGCGGGCCCCGGAACCCCGGCUGGGCGAGGCCCCCGGGCAGGAAGAAGCGCUGGGGCCGCCGGGGCCGCGGCCUGCGCCGCGACCCUCGCCGCUCCUUCCAGAGAAGCCCUUCAGAGGAUCUGAGCACGCUGCUGCGGCCGGUCAACCUGUGCAGGUUGCGGGUCCCCGGCCUGCGGGCACCGCGGAACACCACCCAGUUCAUCAUGAACCAGGUCUACGAGGAUAUGCGGCAGCAGGCGGCGCUGCGGGCGCAGCAGGCCCAGGCGGGCGGCACCGCAUCCGCGGCCGGCUCCUUCGGAAACGAUGCGCCCCCCAGCGGUGGCGAGGAAGACACGGAGCUGCGGGCAACUUUGUAUAGCUUUGGGCAAAAUCCGUCUCUAGCCUUCAGUCCUGACCCGGAUGAGGCAAACCAGUCUCCAAGCCCACAGCCGGUAGAGGAAAAGGAGAGAAACGAUGAUGAGGAGGCGUGUGGCGAGGAGGAAUGUGACGGCAAGGAGUUGGUGAGCGAGGAGGAGGAUGCAGAGACCGACGCCACGGACGAAGAGGAAGCCGAAGAGCCUGACUCCGUGGAGGAGGGGGCGGAGGGGGAGGAGCAUGAAGAGGAAGGGGAGGGGCUGGAGGAGGAAGAGCAGAGGGAGGAAGAGAACCGUUUGCCUCUGGAAAUGCCUUUAUCUAUAAACUGUACUUAUUUAAACCCCAAACAGAUAAUUCCCAAAGUGCCACAGGAAUCUCUCAUCAUGGCACAGGACAUUCACUGUUAG